UUUUUCCGUCUUAACUCUUAAGGGAACACAAAGAUUAUUUAUUUUCCUCCUCAAAAUUUCCUCCUCGAAUUUUCCUCUAAACCAAACAGGACCAGAAGGAAAGUUUUAGAGAUUUUCAAAUUCAAUAGAAAACAUUAUUUUUUGAAAAAAAGAAAAAACACAGAUGAAUUUGAAAGAACCAUUAUGGAGCAAGAGAACAGAGUCAAACGAACCUCCUUCUCCAUCAUCGUCAUCGCCAAGAGACCCAGAAUCAGAGGCUGCCGCGGCUGCUGCAACGAGUGCGGUUGAAGAACUUGUUAACUCUCUCAACAAGCAACGAAUCUACAGAGAAGUCACCCUCGCUCUCCGCACUGGCUUGUGCGACGUCCGCGCCGAGUUCUCUUUCCUCCGAGUCCGUGGCCUUCGUUUCCUCCUCAAAUCCCUCCGAUCCAUAGCGCAGUCUGACUCCUCCAUCACUCUCUUUUCCCAAACCCAGUCCAUCCCUGACCUCCAAGUGGUUCCGCUGUUGUUUGAGCAUUCAUUUAAAGAAACAGAGGAUGAAAAGGUGGGAAGCUUGGAUCACAUAUUCAGCGUGGAGCCAAUGAAGGUUAAAAGUCCUUCCACGGAUUCAGAAGUUGCUCUUGCGCUUAGAGUCUUGGAAGGUUGCUGUCUACUUCACCCUGAAAGUACUCGUUUGGCCCAUCAACAUAAAGCCAUCCCGGUUUUGAUGAAUGUUUUGUCAACUCGAGGAGUUCUUGAACAAGGUGCAUGUCUGGAUGCUUUAAUCUCGAUACUGUUGGAUUCGUCAGCCAAUCAAAUGGAUUUUGAAGCAUGUAAUGGCAUUGAGGAAGUUGCUGAGCUCAUACGAGACAAGCAAGUGGAUGAAAAUCUUAGAUUGAAAUGUGGAGAGUUCUUGCUUCUACUCAUUGGGCAUGUAAAUGGGAGGGAAAGGUCUCCCAUAGCAACCAUUCAUGAAGAGGUAAGGCGACUUUUAGGUGAAAAAUCUGCUUCGUUGAUAUGGGCCGCUAGUCAGUUCGGUUCAACUCUUGAUCCAGAGCAGAGACUGACAGCUCUUCACAUCCAAGCCCGUCGGGUUCUAGAAUCCCUAGACUUGUACUGAACUUUAAUUUCUACUGUUCUUUAUAUUGCUUGUAGUUUCAUGGGACAUCAUUGUUGAUUUAGAAGGAUGCAAGAUGUUGCCUUAUGGAACCAGCACUCUUCUGGUAGUUAGUGGCUGCUAGUUAAGUUAGGGGAGAAUAUUGCAGAAAUUCAGAUCUUAUGAUUCAUUCUAUACUUAUAUAAAAAGAAAAAUGAGACAAAGCAGAAAGUAUCAUGCAUUUACCAA